GAGUGCUUUCUGUUGUUGUACGAUUGUAUCCGUGCGAGAUUCAACUGGUCUCCUAGGUCCCUCAACAGCCUAUGGUCCGAUAAUUCUCUCAUAUUUACCCAAGGAUCAAUAUAUCCAUCAACAUGUCUUCGAAAGAAUCGAUUCUAAACCCCGAGAAUGAGACGGAGAGCUCAUUCGUCAGAACCACACGGGAGGGGAAGAAGCUCACCUAUACGUUGAAGGUCAUCCAGCAGCCUGAACGGGCAAGGGCAUGUGGUGCUGGUGCCAAAGCGUCUGCUGACCGCCGCCCGGUCGACCCGCCUCCUGUGGUUGAACUGCGUGUCUACGAGUCAGACCAGAAUGAUAUGAACAAGACAGACAUCACAUUCGCGUACAAUGCGAAUUUCUUCUUGUUUACCACACUGGAAUGGGCUCGUCCUAUCGCCCAUCCAAGAGGCCAAAGCCAAAGUGCCGCAACACCACCCGUUUUGACCGGCGUGCCGGUUGCAGGUGUCGCAUAUCUCGAUCGGCCAGUUCAGGCAGGCUAUUUCAUUUUCCCAGAUCUCUCGGUUCGGCAUGAGGGUUAUUAUCGGUUGAACUUCAGUUUGUAUGAAGAGGUCAAAGAUCCAAAGGAUGAAGACAAGGACCGUGGCGUCCCACGACCGGUUUUGCCCGCUUUGCCCAAGACCUGUGAACCUCGGGAGCCAAACGAGUACAUUUACUUCCGCCUCGAUGUCAAGACCACGCCGUUCACUGUUUACAGUGCCAAGAAGUUCCCUGGGCUGGCCGAGAGCACGAUGCUAAGCCGCACGGUGGCCGAACAGGGCUGUCGCGUCCGGAUUCGCCGUGAUGUCCGUAUGAGACGCCGUGAGCACAAGGGCAACAAGGACUUUAAUGGUGGCUACGACGAGCGACAUAUGACUCCUGACAAUUACCCGGGCACGCCAAUUGAACGGCCACGAUCGGCAAGCAAUGCCUCCGUCGAUAACCCUUAUGCCUACUGCCCGACAUCUACACCUCGCCGGGUUCCAUCCGCCCAAGGCUUUUCCUAUCCCCCAGCACCGUAUCAACAGCCGGUGGCCAUUCCUCCUCCUCCUCCUCCAGGCCCAAGCCCUGCGCCAAUGGCCCAGUCGCAUCUGACAUUUGGUGCUCCCCAAGUUCAAUACAGUGCUCCUCCGGCUAGCAUUCCACCGGUCGUCACCCAACCCCCUCCCGCCCUCUAUUCUCCUCGUCCUGCAUAUGCGCAUAACAGACAGGCCUCCAGCGGAUCAGGACUCGAUGCACAGGCACAGAAAUAUCCCCCCACCCUACCUCUAAAGCCUGACUCAACCAGACCUUAUCUGCCACCCCUCUUGCCAACGAUCACGUCGGCUUACAGUUCUCGUGUCCAAGACUCUCCGGUGUCUGAGCCUAAGGGAUACAGCCAACUAUCUCAGAUGCCUCCUCCGUCUCCUCUACACAAGGCAUCUUCCAGUAAACCCCAGUAUAACCUUGUGCCACCAACCAUCAUUGCCGCAGAUACCACACCCGCUCCACCAUCGAAUCCACCCCGAACCUUCGACUCUGCACGCAAGAUGUGGGCAUUCGAUAAGCAGGUGUUGUCGGGCAAACGAUCGCAUGGCGAGACGUUCGGAUCGGCUCAUCUUGAUCGCCGCCUGAACGAUGGUGCACGGCCUGAUCCACUAACAGAAGCGGAUAGCUCAGAUGCUGACGCUUUCUCUGGCCAUAAAGUGACGUAUCCACGAGCAGAUGGAAGAUUGGUCGAGAGAAUGGCCGGCAUGAAUGCCUAAAUGCGCAUACCCGCCGUCCUAGUCAGCGUCUGGUUUCCGCUUUCUGGUCCUUUGAACUUAUACCCUGGACCACCAACAAAAAAAAGCAAAAGAAAAAGAAAAAAAAG